AUGGCUACCUUGGGGGUAUUCUCGCGCUCCUAUUCAGUAGUCAAGAUACUUCUCUCACGAAGUCCAGGCUGUACCAGUCGUGCUCUAAUUUUCGCACCCAAAGCUCCAUCUCCAUCCUUACGGCCCCUUCAUAUCCAUGUUCAUGGCGGUGGCUUUAUAGGUGGCAUCCCGGAACUGGACAAUGCGUUUUGCAAGCGCAUGGCCGAUGAGACGGGCGCUGUUGUCGACGCUGCAGCUUAUAUUGUCGCCAACGCUGAACGGCUUUGGGGAGCCAAUCCGAAACUUUUGACGCUUAGCGGGUGCUCCGUGGGCUCUAACCUGGCUCUCGCCAUCUCCCGGAGUCUUUCGGAUACAGACACUCCUGCCCAAAGGCACACUAAUGAUCGACAACUCCUGUUCGUACUCAACCCUCCUCUCCCUCUCUUUUGUCUUCACCCAGACCCCACCAAAAGUCGAGUUUGUCGACCUCCGUAUCCCUCCAUCGGAAAAACCACGACCGCCCCGCCUUUCCAAACAAAGACAGACCCUCUGGUCUUCAUAGCUCCUCUCUUCAAUGCCUACGCCGAAUCUGCACGGUCCCAAAGAUCCGAAGACUCUCUCUUAAAUCCCAUUUUAGCUGACAUCCGCACUCUUCCGCAGAAAAUGCUGUUUAUUAUUGCCGGCGCGGAUAUUCUUCUGCAUGAGGUGACGACCUUUGUAGACCGUCUGAAGAAUGAAGUGGUGAUGUUGAAUUCCCAACGGGGUAAUAAUAGCGCAGAUACCCCAUCGGGCAAUUAUGAGGUUGAAGGCAUAGUGUUUGAUAAGAUGCUUCAUGGCUGGUUAGAUUUUCCAUCAUUCGCAAUUGACGAAAAUCUGAGAACGCAAGCGCUGAAUGCUUCGUACGAUUUUAUCCGACGUUAUUCACACGGAAAAUGA